UAUCAUCUCUAAGGUCUCUACUUCUGGCUUCUCAACAGGCAUACGUCUUUCUCUAUCACUAAGAAGCAAUCUGUUUAUUCCUUAGCUGGACUUCUAAGGAACAACCUCGACGAAUCCCGCGAUAUCAGAGCCGACACGCUUCAGCGCACGUCCGAAUCUACCAUCAUGCGUUUACGGAUAAACAUCCGAGGGCUCUUUAUGGAGUGGCUCCCGCCAAUAUGGGAACGGAACUAUUUGCCGUUCUACAGGCGCAUUUAUGCUGGCCUCCACCUCAUCGUAACGACGUACCUCCAGCUCCUGCUAGAAUUCGUAGAUUAUAAAUCCGAACCGAUCGUGAUAUUCUCACAGCGAAUCGCGGAUAUCUUGCGAGUGGUCUUUUCUGUGCUAGCUAAGCUGGCACAUCGCAUCACGUACAAUUACAUCGUAGAGCUAUCCGCGGCUAUACGCCAGCAUGCGCUCUCCGUUCUCCUCUUUUGUCUACGCACGGUGGACAGUGAACUAUACCGAGUCAUGCACGCCGUAGCAGACAUACUGAUGAUCGCCCUGCAGGUAGGCUUUUGGUUGCUGUGUCUAUAUUCGUUAAUGGAGACAACGGUCGAUUCUGACGCGAUACCACAACCAGACCCGCUGAACUGGGCCGCGGAGAAUCGUAUGAACCAAUAUUUCCAUAACGCGGAACGACUGGGGGAUAAGUUGCGAUGGAGGCAUAUGGCGGAUGGCAAUAUUGUAAGAAUACCAAAUUAUAUUUUUGAUUGAUUCGUUGGUCUAGCUUAAUGUAUGAAACGUUGGCAUCUUGCUUGGGAAAAGGUAGGAAUGGGGGUAUAUAGGCUAGGUAUAUGUAAAUAGAUUUCAAAAUGUUUCUC